AUGGAAGCUUCUCCAGCAACGAUAGCUCAGGAGACUUUUCAAAGACCAGUUACUCUUCCUUUCUGCGCCAGGAUUGGCCCAUCGAAGGGUCGCCGGGACAAAUGUCUUUCCCGACCGCCCGGCUCUGUCGGCCAAUACGGCGUCGACUCCCCUCGGCGGGUCGCCCGACGCAGCCUACGUCGACGUGUCUCGGCUGCGUCUGUCGGGGUGGACAGGACGAGACAAGUGCCGGGUUCAACCGCUGUGCGGACCGGGCUUCAGGACUUUGGGGCUUCGAGCACUCCAGAGCCGGUGUUCGGUUGCAUCGCGGACCUCGAUCCCAGUCCCUUAAGUGGCCGGCUGAGUGGGCGGACAGUGGCUGCGGCUUGUCCCUCCGUCGAACGUAGGAAACCGACGACAAGCUCUUGUCGUCGAGAAGACUGUUCAUUCGGCCUGAGUCUGCCAGGCGGAAGCAUCAAAGCUGCAAUUCAUUUUGGUCUUUCGUCGAAGGAGACACCAAAAAGGGACAAAAGUGAAGGCAUUAAUCUGUUUUAUUGCCUGCCUUGCAGGGGUUUGUCAUCAGUUAUAUGCAAACUUUACUGCUUUUACAUGUGUUUUUUCCCUCAGUGUCUGCAAACUUCGCCCAUUUCCUCCUUCCCCAUCUCAUGUGCAGACAGAAUAACCCUGGCGACUACAUCAAAAACACACAAAGACGGCUACUCGCAGAUAAUUAGUAAAUUCAGCACACCUUUUUUGGUAAAGCUGGCAGAGAGGGCCAUGCUUGAAACUGUUGGCAAAUGA